UUAAAGUUUCAUCUUUGCUGGAAUACAUAUCCUAAAUUCUUUUCUCCAAUCAACAUCCCAAAAGACAAAUCUUGUACACAAAAAUCAUAAAUAUCAUGUUCAUAAUUUUGUUUCAAUUUCUCCAAAAUUUGCUAAAAUCACAAUCAUAAAUGUAAAAUGUCUGGUUUAUUUGUUGGAAUUCUGUGUACUGCAAAAAGGGGUUAUCAGUUCAGAUCAUUUGAUUCACUUGCCCCUUCUGCUUCUUCCAUGAUAGAGCAAAGAAGUAUAGGAAGCCAUGGAUAUAACAAUGAGGAUUUAGGUGAAAAAGCUAGAGAAGCCAAGCAGAGAUUGGAUCACAAGCUAAGAAGGACUAGAAGUAAAGACGAAAGAUUCAAGGAUGUCGAAGACAGGCAAGUAGAAUCAAAUACUCUGCAGAAGAAAGAGAUGUCUGGACUGAAGCAAAAUGGGAUAAAGACAUUUAGCAGGGUAAUAAAGCAAUGGAACGAUAUCAAAAAUGAAGAAUGCACCAUUUGCUUGGGCCAAUUCAAGGUUGGUGAUAACCUAAUGCAUUUGCAAUGUGACCACAAAUUCCAUUCAUGUUGUUUGGUUCCAUGGUUGGAGAAUUAUGCAUGUUGCCCUUGCUGCAGAAUUGAGAUUGUCACUUGAAAAAAAUGUAUCGCGCAUAGUUUGUAUAAAGAAAUCGGGAUUCAUAUAGUUGACCCCAGUUUGUUUGGAACGAGGCAUGAAGUGAGGAUUCAUAUAUCCGACCCUAACUUGUUUGGAACUGAGGCGUAGUAACGGUUGUUGUUUGUGGAGUUUGUAUAGAUGAAGUUUGAAAUAAGAAGAUUGUAUCAUGGAAUUUGGAUCAAGUACUUGGUUACUAGAGAAGUUUGAGAACUUAAUUACUUAUUAUUCAUAUCUAAUUCUUCAUGCAA